GCACUCGUUGCAGUAGGAGGGUUCAUGAGCAGUAUGACGUUGCUCUGCAAGUCAGUCCGACUGCCUAGCUCUUUUGAUCGGUCUACUCUCGGGAAGCUAGAAAAAUGGCAAAUCUCUGACAAUGUUCACUAUCGGGAAUUAGCAGAUAAAGCCAUGUGCGUUGUCAUUGUCGACUGAAAUGUCAAAAGCGUUGUGUUGUUGAGGAUUGCGAGUGAUAUAGGCAGCUGCGAGUACUUCUGCGCUCAGCUGUCAGACUGAAACUACUGGAUGCACGUCAAGAGUAAAUAACAGUCGCAACCUUGUGGAUAGUGAGGAACAAAUACUUAUUUGCUUGUUUUGUGUAUUUAUACACCUCUCUUGGAUUACUGCUACCCAGCGACACAGUCACCAAACGAAACUGCAUGUCGUUAUAAAGAGACCCACUGGGUGCAUCAAUGAUCCAGUCAUGGAGACCAAAAGAUACCAAAGUUUCUUCGAGGGAAGCAACACAGAGAACAGAUGGGCUCAGGUGCCCAGUGCCAUGGAGCUUUGCUGCAGUGCAGAGGAGGGCUGUCUGAGCAGCACUGAAGUCCUCAUGGACAUUGCGAACGUCAACUGCUCUGCUUCCUCCAACGCUAACGCUGCCGCUGCCACAGCUGCUGCCUGCAAGGAGAACAGCAGGAAGAAAGCCGAGCAGGAGCGACAGCCCAUGCUCCGCGUCUCGCAGAACCAGAACCAGAACCAACCUUUUGCUUUCCCCACUUUUGGCAAUUGCGGCAACUCCCUCCAUGGUCGCAAGUCAGAGACAGACUCAAAGGAGCUCUCCAAGACUGUGGCCGAGUCCAUGGGCCUCUACAUGAAUGCGGCCAGGGAGGCGGAUUUUGGGUUUGGCGUGCAGCAGGGUGACAAGGGUGGCCAGUGUAGCCCUGGGAAACUCUACCCGUCCUGUGGCCGAGGGGUGCUGGAGGACGGCCAGGCCAGCUCCUCAGGGAGUCCAAAAAUGAAGGGUCUUCCUCCAGGGUCAUUUGCAGCAGGGUCCCAGAUCCCCAGCACCACUCAAGCGGAGGGCAGCGCAGCGGCCUCCUCGGCCCUGGCCACCGCUCUGUCCUCCCCAGCCCCAUCCUCCAUCUCCAGCCCGACAGGAAACACCAUGGUGACCUCCACCACCAGCCCAACAUACUUUAGCACCGGCUGCUCCUCCAUCGGAAGCCCCGUCAACCCUGCUGCAGCGGGUGGCAUGCCCAGCCUGGGGGCCCAGGUCCAUCGCCACAGCUCUGCCACCUGCAGCCCCAUUGAGCCAAGCGCAGUGGGAUCACCUCUCGGAAGCCCCCUGAAUGUAAUGCGCUCACCCCUGUCCAGCCCUCAGAGUAUGGGCAGUGUGCGCUCGCCUCCCUCCUGCAGUGCCAACAUGAGAUCAUCUGUCUCCAGCCCCACAGGAAGCUCUUGUACUAUCCGACCGUCCAUGUCCAGCCCACCCUCAGGGGUCUCCAUGGCUGUGGCCAGCCCCAGAAACGCCCCCUCGUCUGGAUUUCCUGUGUCAAGCCCACCGAGUGGACUAGGCUUGGUUCAGAGUGACACCCACAGCCCAGAGGGACAGGAGAGAGGUGACUUCAAAGUUUUUGAAUUCCCAAAAGUGGAAAACAUAGAUGGGGAGAUGUACAGUGUAGGCCUGGACCAGAUGGGAAUGGUGAAGUAUAUCAAGAAUGAGCCAGAUCCAGACUUUCGCAUGUGUCUCGCUAGUUGUGGGAGCAAGAGUGGCAGUGCUGCAAACCCCCCGUUUGUGACCCACAUCAAAAGUGAGCCCAAUAAGGAGGAUAUCUGCAUGAACCCACAUUACAGUGAGCCACACCAGCACUCAUUGGGCCUCUUUCCUGCCUCCGAGACCACAUACUUGUCCUUGAGGGAUAAUAUUGAUGAGUAUAGUCUCUCUGGCAUUUUGGGACCACCCAUUUCCUCUCUUAAUGGUAACUAUGAGCCAGGUGUGUUCCCCAGCAACAGCCUGACCAAGGCUAUAAAGCAGGAAGCCACUGAUAACAGCUACUACUCUGAGAACAGCAGCAAUGGGCCAACAUCAGCCAUCGUUGGCGUUAACUCUGGAGGACACUCGUUUCACUACCAGAUAGGAGCACAAGGAACAAUGUCGUUUGCACGGCAUGACAUGAGGGACCAGACGAAUCCGUUAAUGAAUCUGAUCUCCCCGGUCACGGCGCUGAUGGAAUCAUGGAAAUCGCGGCCGGGAAUGUCACAGGGGGGCCUGUCCUCAAGAGGAGAGGGUUAUCCAGGGCAGAGCUGCAUCACCGACAUGUCCAGCUCGUCCUUAAGACAUACGUCCUCAACGGCCAAGGUGUGUUUGGUGUGUGGCGAUGAAGCAUCUGGUUGCCACUAUGGUGUGGUCACCUGCGGCAGCUGCAAGGUCUUCUUUAAGCGAGCAGUGGAAGGCCAGCACAACUACCUAUGUGCCGGGAGGAAUGACUGCAUCAUAGACAAGAUCAGACGGAAAAACUGUCCAGCAUGUCGGGUACGGAAGUGUUUGCAAGCAGGAAUGAACCUCGGAGCUCGAAAGUCCAAGAAGCUGGGCAAGCUGAAGAGUGUGAGUGAGGAGUCGCCACUGCAGAACUCGAAGGACGGAGGCCAUUACCUGUCCUCGGAAAAGGAGCUGAGCGCCGUGACUGAGCUGGUUCCUCACAGUCCGGUCGUGGCCUCCUACCUGUCCCCCUCCGUCUGCAGCGUGCUGGAGCUCAUCGAGCCCGAGGAGGUGUACGCCGGAUACGACAACACACAGCCCGACACCUCCGACCACCUGCUCACCAGCCUCAAUCGUCUUGCAGGCAAACAGAUGGUCCGCAUGGUCAAGUGGGCCAAAGUAUUACCAGGAUUCCGCUCGCUGCCCAUUGAGGACCAAAUCACUCUGAUUCAGUACUCCUGGAUGUGUCUGUCCUCCUUUGCACUCAGCUGGAGGUCCUACAAACACACCAACGCACAGAUGCUCUUCUUUGCCCCAGACCUCGUCUUCAACGAGGAGCGCAUGCAGCAGUCAGCCAUGUAUGAUCUGUGUGUGGGCAUGAAGCAGGUGAGCCAGGAGUUUGUGCGGCUACAGCUCACCUAUGAGGAAUUCCUGGCCAUGAAGGUUCUACUGCUUCUCAGCACAGUUCCUAAAGAUGGCCUGAAGAACCAGGCAGCGUUUGAGGAGAUGAGGGUGAACUACAUCAAGGAGAUGAGACGGGCCGUGGGCAAAGCCACCAACAACUCGGGCCAGACAUGGCAGCGCUUCUUUCAACUGACCAAGCUUCUGGAUGCUAUGCAUGAUCUCGUGGGGAGUCUUCUGGACUUCUGCUUUUACACGUUCCGGGAGUCCCACGCUCUGAAGGUGGAGUUUCCUGAGAUGCUGGUGGAGAUCAUCAGUGAUCAGAUACCAAAGGUGGAGUCGGGCCUCACACACACACUCUUCUUUCAUAAGAAGUGACACAGUGGACCCAGCGCAUUAGGCCAAGAGGCCAGUGAGCGGGAGGAAGGAGAGAACCCCUGGACACCGGGACACCACCGGCAGGUUGUUGAGACGUGAACAGAAAAAUACUGGGAGCCUUACACGUGAGGGAGGCUUAUGUCAAAGACAGAUCUUCAGCAGGUCCUAGGAUUGCUUUUGACCAUUCACUGGCCACGUAAAGAGGGACAAGAGACCAUGUGAGGUGGUGUCAAAAAUGACACGAUUUGGACAAUGUGUAUUUUCUUGAAGUGUUCUUUAUUCUCAAAGCCGUGACAGCGUGCUCCUCGUUGCCCCAAAGACAAUUAUGACAAUUUUUUUUCUAUGGAUAUAAAGCCAUGCGUUUCUUUGGUCAAGCUAUAGGGCAAAUUCACUAACCCAUUCACAUACACAUAUAUACAUGCACACAUACACACGCACACGUGUACGUGCACAAGCAGACACACAAACAAAUACACACACACACGCACGCACGCACGCACGCACACACACGCACACACACACACACACACACACACACACACACACACACACACACACACACAAAACCCAGAUAUACUGCAGCUGAUUAUUGUGGCUUUUCUGUAACACAGUUUGCGUGUUUUGUUUUACCAUUCCUUGUGAACAGGAAAAAGCAGAUUCAUCAAACGGAAAGAUGAUGCGGCCUUUACAUACAAUACAGUAGGACACAUGCUAGAGAUUUGGAAAGGAAACAAGGCAAUUUCAACAUGCUCCAAGGGCUAGGACAUCAAAAGAGUGUCUAAUUGGUGUUUUUAAAUGCAAACAGUAACUACACACACUCAAAUUGCAACCAUUGCAUAACAAUCAAAACCUACUCAGAUAUGCAAAACAUAUAAUUAUUUAAAUGAAGUUAAGACUUUUUAUGAAUAAAAGCAGUUGUCUUUGGUAUGUGAGAGGGUUGUACAAGUUGAAUUUGUGUCUUUUGAUACUAACAAAAUGAAGCUUAAUGAUGGGCAUACAUACCCUAAAUAAUUUUGUAAGAACCUGUUAGGUAUACUGGCACUUCAUCAGACAUGAGGCACUUAGUCUUUUCAGAAUGCCUGCAUUAGCGACGAUAUCUGGCAGUAGCAUCCAAAAAGACAUUCCAGAGACUACUGUAAGUACUAUGAAAUAGCCCCAUGAUUACUGCCAAACGGCAGUUCACACACUGAACAAAUGUUAAUAGCCACAAGAGGCUUAAUAGCCGUGUUCAGCAUAGAAGAGAUGGCUGUUACAGUAGGCCCAACCUACAGUAUUUACUCCUGCAGAUGAGGGGAAUGCCUUGAUUCUUGAUUCUUGGCAAAUGUUUGGCAAACCCCCCCAAAAAUGUGCACAUGAUUUACAAAUAGAAAAACAGCCCCUUUGUUGAAAUCUCCGCCUAAAUACUGGAUAAAAUAGUGUUUUCUAUGUGUGUGGAAUAGUUUUUUUCAUAUAUAUAUAUAUACAUAAACAAAAACAAGACAAGAAAAAUACACAGUCUAAGAUCUUGGACUCCAUUUUAUAUUAAAGGUGCUUCUUUUCAUAAAACCAAGCAGAUUUAACACAUUUUAACAGUAGCUGCACAUGUACAGAUACAGGUAAUAGCUUAGAAAUCAUAUACUUUCUUCAUACUGGAAACAAUUGUUUGUUUUUUUCAAAGAGCUAAUGCUUGAUACAACAGUAGUCUGCUUCAGAGCUUUCCGCAUACAGUACAUACAUCUGGUACACACUAUUUGCUUCUGAUGAUUUUUGUGGUUUCCAAAUUUUGUGCAGAAAAGGUUUGGAUUUAAUUGAAUUACUCCGCUCCCCCGACAUCUACAUUUCUUAAUACGUCUGGGCCAACUGUCAAGAGUAAAUGCUAUCUGGAGAAACGCAUUCAGAUGUGUGCAAUGUUUGAAACCCAUAGGAAAUCCCACAGGUUCUCUCCCAGCCACAAGUGCAACAGGAGAUGCAGCAGAGUGGAAUGGGUGGUCAAUCUUAGUGUGUGUGUGUGUGUGUGUGUGUGUGUGUGUGUGUGUGUGUGUGUGUGUUUUCCACCAGUCCUUUCUUUUCCUCUUGCUUUCUGUGUAAAAGCUAUGUUGAUCCCCUUCUCCAGAGGGCAUUGUUGGGUUUUCACAAGGAGAGGAUUUAGGCUUUCGACUGAAGUAAGAUUUGCACAGGGGAUGUUAAUGUGAUAAUUGAGACAUUAAGUAGACAGGAGCUGUCUGGGAUAAGAAAUGUCUGAGAAAUAGAGAGAAUGAGAGAGAGUGCAAGAGAGAGAGAGAGAGAUAAUGAGUUCAGUAACCUACCCUGUGGUAUGUAAAUCACUGGUUCUUGCAGUAGGUGUUACAUAGGUGGCACAAAACAGCAGACAGGCCUUGGGUAACGGGAUGUUGCCACACACCCGUUCUCUGUCUACACCCUGCUGUAUGCGUUUGUGAAGGAAAGGAAAACUAUAAGCUGUAAGGAUUUUUGUUUUCCAUCUUUGUUUUUCCUUUUCCCUGUCUAUUUUGAUAAAUAUAUAUGUAAAUCAGACUCACAAAAGGUUCAUAGGCUGUAUGGGAAAGUAUUUUUUGAAAGAAUUAUAUUUUGCUGGAAAACAAUAUAUUAGUACUUUGUCUAAAAAGAUACAACAAAAGUCUAUGAGAUUUUUUUUGUAAAGUGAUAAUGUUUAUGCAUGCUUUUUGACCAGAUGUUUACAGUGUAUUUAAGAAGGGAAAUCCGUGCCUUUUUACUCUCCCAUGAAAGGUUACCAUUUUACAGUAUCUGUUGUAAAUAAAUGAGUCCCAGUUUCGCGUUGUGAUGGAGAUUUCUACUUUUGAUCCAUCUGUGGUUGGAACACUAGUCCCAUGUGUUUGUAUGUCUGGCCUGUUCUCCUGCUAUGUUGUGGUUUUAGAGCAAAACCUGUAAGAGAAUGAAUGAGAGAACUCACAGAGAGAGAGAGAGAGAGAGAAAGAGAGAGAGAAAUGAAUGUACUUAACAUGGAGAGAAAGAAACACUUUAUAACAUGAAUGUUAGAUUCAUAAAGCGUUUUGUCUCCUUUUUGUUUGUUUAAAAAUAAUGUGAAUUUUAAAGGAUUUUUCUUAGUAAUAUGGUUUUGUACAUUUUUUUGUUUGUUUUCUUUUAAGUGUCAACACAACCUAAGUACAAUAGGAAAUCAUUGAAAGCUAAUUCCUAUUCUAUUGCAUAGAUCCCUCCCACUGGAUGCACAUGGAUAGGUAGUUGUGGUUUAUUUCAUUUACUAAUCCCUUGAUAAACAGUUUUAUUUAUUUAACAUUGCAAAUUUCACCCAGGACACAUCCACACGCCUUAGGGACAGGAACAGGGUGGACUACGUGCUUGGCUUUUCUUAUACGCGACCUACACAGACAUUGAAAAACAUCACAAACAGAAUAGAAGACAUACGAGCAGAGGUUGGUUAUGUGAAGUGUAGCAGAUGGUGCGAUGAUUACACAUUGUACUCAGCACCCACUGUACAGCACCACAACUACCAGUCUUGCAGUAUUGCCGCAGGAACUCGCAUGAAUCCCAAGCUGAUCCCGGAUCAGGAAAUCAAGUGAAGAAAGUAGCUGAAUCUCUCAAUGUGCUUACAGAUAGGUCCCUCAGAACCCUACCAGAAAGCACUGUACCGUUAAAGAUGGUUGCUUUGAUGUCUCAAUAAGUUGAUUCCCAUAGGAGCAAACUUGUUGGAGUAUUUGUAAAAGGCAGGUCUGUCAGCAAAUGACUGCAGAACCUCAUGCUUCUGUACAUUGUUUAACCAGCUAUUACACUGUAUCGCUCCUCUAUACUGCUGUGGUAUAGCAACACUAUGCAUUUGUAUCGACUACCGCAGAGACGGGGCUUCUGCAGAGCUGCAAGGUAAACCCAGACUUCAGUAGGUAGCUUUUCAAUCAGUAUUUUGCAACUGAAAUGAGCUCUGCUCUUCUUCAUGGGCAGGAGUCUUCUUUUUUUUCAAACUGCCCCUAAUGUGUCUUUCUGGUUUGUGUUGUUGUUUUUACCAUCAUACUUGUUCAAACUGAUCUUGUGUAAAGCAACAAAGCCAUAUCUCCUAGUGUGACGCAAGAUGCAUUUCCUGUUUCCUCACAAAAUAACAGCUAAAUCAGAAAUGUUUUUAAUCCAAUGCUUUGUACAAUACUUGUCAGCAACUAUCAACAAAGAUCAUCAAUAUUCUUGUUCAUGACUUUAAGGCAAAAUUCGCAACUAGUUCCUCCAAACUGUAUAUCUUGAUGCAGAUAUUGCCAUAACUGUGUUUGCAAAAAUAUCAAGGGAUUCCAAUAAACCCCCUAACUCACA